CUUGCCGCCUCCGAGUACAUGCUCAAUGAACUACAGAAUAUGGCCUUGCAGCUUGUGUGCAGAUUCUUGGACAAAUACGCUGCCAAUCCCGACUCGGCUGGCCAACACCUUCAAUAUACCGGCGGCCCGGGCGGGACGGGAAAAUCCAGAAUCAUCGACGCCUUGAGGCAGGUGUUUACAGCGAGAGGUCAGCUACACCUUCUCCAGAUUACCGGCACAUCAGGCAGCGCGGCCGCCCAGAUCGGCGGAACCACAGUCCACUCCGCGUGCGGCCUAGAUGCACGCCGCUCGUCUAACCAACAGCUUCCACUGUUCUCGGAGGCGAAGAAAUGGACGUGGAAGCAGAAGCUGGUCCUCGUGAUCGACGAGGUCAGCAUGCUCGGCGGAGCCACUCUGUACGACAUCAGC